UAAUAAUAUAAAUAACAAUUAUAAUAAUACUAAUAAUAAUGAAAAUAACUAUUAUUAUGAGAGCGACGCCAACGGCUGUACUGUGAGGAACAUUGCCGAUUGCGACUUCGUUUGUAAUCCGAGAGCUAAAGUGGAGAUGGCUGACGAAGGAGAGGGAGAGGGAGAGAGUAUUAUGCGACUGGAUCGGGACAUGGGCUUGGGACUGGGUCUGGGUCUAGCUAUGGUACCAACUAGCGAUAGUGAGCUCACCGAUCUGGACAUCGACACAAGGAGCAUUAGUCCCACUGCGAAUUCCAAUGCUAGCGCCAAUGAAUCGGAUGUCGAUGAUGUCGAUGAUGUCGAACAUUCAGCCAGUUGCAGGCAACUUAUAAAAGCUACAAAAAAACGUAUUAGAAAAUCAUCAAAAUCCCGUCUGCUCAAAUCAAUAAGUCAAACUCAAGAGAUUCAGCGAUCUGCAGACUUUCUAAAUACAGAUUCAGUGAUGACGGAUACGAUAAGGCGAGAUUCUAAUAAGGAGGAUAUUAAAUUUAGCACAAUGAUAAUGCCGGAACUAGAUGCUAACCAACCGGAAGUUCUAUCACAGACGUUGAGCUCCGUCUACACGGAAGAUCAACCCAUGGAUGAGGUCGUACUCGAUAUAGAGAGACGCAUUAUUCAUAUGCCUUGUCGAAAUUCAGUUUCGCCUAUGAAUAAAUUGGACAAUGAAGAAUUUUUGCAAAAUCAACCAGAAUUAUCACCCGUUAUUGUUCCAUCCCAAAUAUCUGAGCAUUUUAGCAGACAAAUCAUUUCACAAAAUAGCCCAUUGAUAAAGCCAAUAAGAGAGCACAUCUCAUUGACAACUGGAAUACAAGUACAUCGAACAUACGAGAAGGAUCGUAAUGUUUCUGAAAUGAUUCGACACCUGCAGCUUAUACGAAGUCGAUUGAUCAGCCAGGCACAGUUCGACAGCAUGACGGACAUUGAGGCGAGCAUUCAGCAGCAGCAGCAGCAGCAACAGCAGCUGCAGAACGCACAGCGAGUGCACCACGAGAACUGUUUGCAGGAGCUGCAACAACAGCUGAGUGUUCAGUUUGGAACUGGCCGUUUUGGGGCAACACUCCGUCAGCAGCAGCAGCAGCAGCAACAGCAGCAGCAGCAACAGCAGCAGCAUCAACAGCAGCAACAACAUCUUCAGGAUGUGUCAGGAGUGCCCAGUAGUUUAGUACCGUUCCUGCCGUUCCUGCGUCCUCCUCCGGUGCCCAAUGCCGCACAGCAGCUGGCACACAUGGUUCCUGGUGGUCAUGUGGCACACCAACCGCUCUAUAGUCAUAAUCACAAUCACAGCCAUGCUCACACACACGCCCACGCCCACGCCCAUGCCCACGCCCACGCCCACGCCCACAAAAUGGCAAUGCAGCCCAUGUGGCCGACAGCGGCGGUUGCAGCGGCUCACAUUCAAGCAGCUCUUGCCGCAGCGGCCGUCGCAGCUACUACUACCACCAACAGUAACAAAAACAACAACAACAACAACAGCAGCAGCAGCAGCAGCAACAACAACAACAACAGCAACAACAGCAACAACAACAGCAACAACAGUAACAAUAGCAAUAAUAAUAUUAAUAAUAAUACAAAUAUAAUGUCUCCAAAUCCCGCGAAUGCCACUGAGGCAAUAGACGGCUCAAUUGAGACACUAGAGAUAAGAACUGCUAGCGACAUAGAGGAAAGAUCAUCGAGACCCGACUCGCCUGCGAUAUUAACGUACAGUCACAACACCCCGCCGGAUUCGCCACAGGGUCGCAAUCACAGCACUGAAGACAGCACCAUCUCAAUAAAUUUCCCAUCAUCACCGACGGACCCGAACAAGUCGCAAGUUCCGGGAUCCGAAAUGGAUGCACCACUAAACCUAUCAAAGCCGAAGGGUUCCCGCGGUUCGUCCCCAAUCAGCUCAUCCUUACGGGAUCGGGAUCGGGAUCGGGAUAGGGAUCGGGAUCAGCGGGAUCGCUUGACCCCAAUUGUGCCUAGCCCACCAUUGAACUGGCAACAAAUGGCCCAAACGGCAUCUGUCACAGUCCCAGUUCCAGUUCCAAACACGACCCUUCAGCAUCAGUCAUCGCCAUUGUUCACUGAUGUCGAGACAAGUUUUUUGCAAUCCCGUGGUCGUUUGUGGAACGCGGAAUGCAAUCCCAACUUGUCCAGCAGUACCGGCACUAGAGUCGGGAGUACUCGAGCCGGCAGAACGAGUCGCGAUUCGAUUAACAGCUGCGGUACCAGCUCGGAAAGGUCCACUAUACUGGAUCCCGACUGUCAUGUGUCAGUUUCGCAGGGACAAGUGGCGGGACAAGCGCAGGGACAGGGACAGGGACAGGGAUCGGGACAGCGACAGAGUCAUGUUCACAGUAAACCACAUAUAAAGAGGCCAAUGAAUGCGUUUAUGGUGUGGGCCAAGGAUGAGCGCAGGAAGAUAUUGAAAGCGUGCCCAGACAUGCACAAUUCAAAUAUAUCCAAGAUUUUGGGUGCUCGAUGGAAGGCAAUGUCCAACGCCGAUAAGCAACCAUAUUACGAGGAGCAAUCGCGUCUAUCUAAACUGCAUAUGGAACAGCAUCCCGACUACCGUUAUCGACCGCGUCCCAAGCGAACUUGCAUCGUCGAUGGCAAAAAGAUGCGAAUAUCCGAGUACAAGGUCCUUAUGCGUAAUCGUCGGGCCGAGAUGCGUCAGCUUUGGUGCCGAGGCGGCGGUCCGAGCACCUCGACCGCCGACUGUCCAACCGGUCAUGGGGGAGUUGGAGUGGGUCAGGAGGGAGCGGUACAGGCAGCGGCAGCGGCUGCUGCUGCCGCUUAUCAUUUGCAGGAGAUGAGCCAAGCGGUUGCCGCCGCCCGAGCCGAAGAUUGUGGAACGCCACCUCCAAAUAUAAAGAUAAAUGGACCCGGCGCCAGCAGUGGCUAUUAUUAUCCACCCGAGAGUCUGUCGCCAUCCGGAUUUUCAUCGGAGGAUAUGGAAAUGUCAUCACUGCGUGACGUUGACGACUAAUCGAAUAACGAAUAAGAUUCGCACUGAUUCAAUCCCAAUCCCAAUUCCUUUUUUAACUAAUUUCUCUCCCAAAAUUAAAAAAAAAAAAAAAAAAACUCUUCCAUUAUGUAAUCUUCCAUGGAGAAUAGUUAGAGACGUCCUCGUAUUCGUAAUUACGAGUAUCUUCAAAAGCCACAGCUAUCACUCGGGACAAGUUCUUUAGAGCUAUAGAUGGUGUAUUACCGAUCGGCGAGGAUAAAAAAAAACUGUUGCAACACUUUUUGGCUUUACUUUGUAAAUACUUAAACUAAAAUCAUAAUUUAGGCUAGCAUCUGUGUAUAGUUAUUUAAGUUUCAGUUCAAGUGCCAUUACUUACACAUACACACACACAUACUUACGAGGGUGGGCUAAUAAGUCAUUGAUAAGAAUGAAAGGAAAAUAAAUUCACAAUUCAAUUUAUACAAUGGUAUUACAAUAUUUUUAUGAUUUUCAAAUAGUAUCCACUUUUCCACUUUUCAUAUACUCAAUUUAUACGUAGCAUAUUUCGCAAAUUCUUUUCUUAGAAUGGUGUCAAAUGUGUACACUAUAAACCAUUUCACGAAUUCGAAUAUAACAUGAAAAGCGACUAAGAAUUCAGUCUUAUUUCAUGAAAGGAUCUUUUAUUGUAACUGGGUGGCAGUCCUAAAAUCUAAAAGCAUCAGAUAGUAAACAAUUAAAAUCGACACGAUAAUAACAAAAUAAAUAACAAAAUAAUUUUGAUUCUUCUAUUUCAAUUGCCACUUUUUUCAAGUUAUUCAGAUCUGUCAAAAUAUCCGUAGAAACGCAGUAUAUAACCAUUGUCAAAUUUAAUUUUGAUCUCAUCGUUUGAUUAAUGUUUUCAAAACAGAAAUCUAAUGACCGCUUGAUAUUUUAAAUUAAACAACAAUUUUAUUGAAAAUUAAUCAAAUCUUUUGAGGGAUUAUAGCUUGCUAAAAUCAAAAUAUUUGAGUUUUACUGUUAGGCGAAUGACUUAUCAGCCGACCCUCGUACAAUACAAAAUACACAUAGACGCAUAACGUUUAAUUUUGGAAAGAGUGUUUCGUAGUCGAUAAGAAUUGUUCGUUCGAACGAUCCCAAUUUUUGUGCCAUUCAUGCACCAAUGCCAUAGCAAAAUACGCAAUUGACUAGUAGGGUAGUUAGUAAUUUUGGAUGGAUACGUAUGUCCAAAUUUGUAACUGUAUCUGUAAUUGUAUUCGUACAUAUUUUUAUUAUUCUAACGUCAUACAUACAUAUGCACGUUUUCAACGAUCGACUGAAUAUCGAUCGAUCGAUAUUAACAAUUAAAAAACAAUAAAUACAACAAAAAUAUAUUAGAUAUACAUACAUUUACACAUACACGCAUACAAACAUACAUAUAUACUUAAGCUGUUCCCGAAAGUUCGGUUUUUCAAAUUUGCCCCCCAUUUAUUAUAUUUGUAUCACAAAAAUGCUGUCGAUUUUGUUGGAAUUUUUAAAUUCGAUAUUUUUUACUUACAAAUUUAUCGAUAGAAUAAAACGUGUUUAACGAGAGCAGCUUACAUAUACAUACAUAUAUACAUACGUAUCUAUGUAGAUAACAAUAUAGUUUUAGUAAUGGAUUAAAAUUCCCAUUUCCAAUAACCCAAUUAAAGUCUUUCAUUAAAAUAAGCCCAUACAUGUACGUAUGUAUGUGUAUGUACAUUUGCAAUGCUAAACAGUGUUAAUCCGUAACUCUGAUAUAGAUCGAUCCGAUCCUUAAAUAGAUCUGCUAGCGCAAAAUAUCCAAAUUAAUGAUUUAGUGUUGGCAAUAUGACACGGUGUUUUAUACUCUAUAAUUUGACAUACAUACAGACAUACACGCAUACACGAAACAUACAUAUAUUAUUAUAUUGAAUUUAUACUAUUGCGUAUGUAAAUAAUUAAAUAAAUAUAAAUGUGUAUGUACUUUAAAAGUACUUAAUAUCCGCUCACAUA